AUGGAAGAUUAUACCAAAAUAGAGAAAAUUGGAGAAGGUACUUAUGGAGUUGUGUAUAAAGGUAGACACAAAACUACAGGUCAAGUGGUAGCCAUGAAGAAAAUCAGACUGGAAAGUGAGGAGGAAGGGGUUCCUCGUACUGCAAUUCGGGAAAUUUCUCUAUUAAAAGAACUUCGUCAUCCAAAUAUAGUCAGUCUUCAAGAUGUGCUUAUGCAGGAUUCCAGGUUAUAUCUCAUCUUUGAAUUCCUUUCCAUGGAUCUCAAGAAAUACUUGGAUUCUAUACCUCCCGGUCAGUUCAUGGAUUCUUCACUUGUUAAGAUAUAUACACAUGAGGUAGUAACACUGUGGUACAGAUCUCCAGAAGUAUUGCUGGGGUCAGCUCGUUACUCAACCCCAGUUGACAUUUGGAGUAUAGGAACCAUAUUUGCAGAAUUAGCGACUAAGAAACCACUUUUUCAUGGGGAUUCAGAAAUUGAUCAGCUCUUCAGGAUUUUCAGAGCUUUAGGCACUCCUCAUAAUGAAGUGUGGCCAGAAGUGGAAUCUUUACAGGACUAUAAGAAUACAUUUCCCAAGUGGAAACCAGGAAGCUUAGCAUCCCAUGUCCAAAACUUGGAUGAAAAUGGCUUGGAUCUGCUCUCGAAAAUGUUAGUCUAUGAUCCUGCCAAACGAAUUUCAGGCAAAAUGGCACUGAAUCAUCCAUAUUUUAAUGAUUUGGACAAUCAGAUUAAGAAGAUGUAG